AGCUGGGGGACCAGCCGCGCACUCACUCAGCACAGGGAUUUUGCUCAAGGUUACAGAAGUCGGGCUACAUUAGCUCUUCCCUGGCCCCUAUGUGGAAUCAACCGCAUUGCCAUCCAGGUGCUUAAUAAGCAUAUGCUUGGUGUCCUGUUGACUUCUGGGGAGGAACCAGAAGCCCCAAGGGAUUUAGAGUCUUCCUUCUGUGCCCCUUACCGAUUUCCCCAAACUAGGAGCCUUGAAACGCAGAGCCCAGCGUGGUUCUUGGCACAUAGUAGGCACUCAGAUAUUGACUGGACUGAUAUAUGACCCCAAGGGGCAAAACAGGAUGACCUAAUAACUCACUCCAGGCCCUUCUCCCAGACUUCCCCUCUGAGAAAUGCCCAGGAGCUUCUCGGGAGGCACUUGCCAGCCUGGACAUCCCAAGCGCUUGGAGGGGCGGGGGUGGGCAGCCCCAGCCCCUGCUUCCUGUCAUCAGUGUAAUGCAUUCAUAUCUACAAUAUGGCAAAUUUCAUAUCCUCCCACCCUCUUUCCUGCAUUAUUGAUGGGCUGUGCACUUUUAAAAAAUCAAUUAGAUCAGGGCGUGGAGCUGGAGUUAAAAGAAGCCUUUAAAAGUCUGCUCUUGUUUUUGCUGUUUUGAAUAGGAACAGAUACAGCUUUCUCUCUGGUUUGAAUAAGUCAAGCCCAGGGCUAGGUUGGCUGUGAUUGGCCAGGACUAGGAAAAUGCGGUUAGGAUGCAAACGCAAGCAAAUAUAACCCAGUGUAUGCGCAGCCAUUACUAAGGUAAGGCAGCAGGACCUGGAACCUCCAGCAUUGGGUGGUUCCUCAACAGUGCUUACCCGCCAGAAAACUGGGAAGACCGCUGAGAGAGAAGGCAAGGUAAGUUCUAUUUGGUUUAUGGAUGCACGUCAAUAGAGCAAUUUUACUUGAACUAGAAAGAAACAAAAGAGAGAGGAGAUUAAAAUUUCCUUGGCUUUGUGUUCUCAGAUGAGGCUUUUAAAGGGUUGAACCAGGAGUUUGUGACCAGUUUUGCAAACUUCCUGCUGAGAAGUCGAGGUGCUUUUUAGAGACCACAGAACAUAGGGCACACUUUCAAAAGCUUGGAAAGAUUCACCCAUCUCAAAGAGAUGGUAUGGGGCAAGGCAGAAAUUUAAACCAGCUUCCUCUGGGGUCCGUUCCUAGGAGUAUUGGUAAGAAUUAAGGGCCACCAGCUUUUAAACUGGGAUUUCAAAACUGCACCCCGCCCAGCGGUUUGUGCAGUGGUCUCAAAGGGUGCUGAAUUGAUAAAUCAGGACUUGAGGAGGAGGGAGGGAGAGACUGAGCUUUGGGGGACUUUGCUCAGUCCCCCAGUCACAUUUUCUGGGUGUUCCAGUAUGGCAAAGUCCCUGCUUUGAGCAUGUCCUCUCCUGCAUUUCAGGGACCCUGGCCCAGUGAGCAUUUUGAUUGCUAAGUCCCUGCUGGAAAAUGGGACUGUUUUUGGCCUCUGGACUCACAGUUCUAAUUAGUGCCAGCUGGUUUGACUUUUACCAGGUUUACUCUUAACCUCUCUCCAAGGAAUGAAUUCCUUGUCCCCUUCCCCUAAUUGGGUCACAGCAUUUGCCUUUAAUGACUGAAAUCUAGGGUCUGAAGAAAACCUGAACAAAUAUUUCCUGGCAAUUCUAAGCAGCACAGGGUGGGGCAGUGCCAAUUAUCAAAUUAAAUCCUUAAACACUGGCAGCUCCGCAUCACUGCUCUGCUUUAGUCCUGCUGUAGCAGUAGACAAAGAGAGUUUUUUGUUUGUCUUUUGUUUUGUUUUUUUGCCAAUGUCCAUACUAGAUAAUGGCACAUACUCUCCAAACCUGGGUUCAUCCGCCAAGGCUUAAGAAAAGAAUGGCCAGACAUGCUCCUCUUAACAAGCACAAUAUGCCUCCAAAUAGCAAAACCCCAGAUAGUCCUUUCUGGGUGGGGUUGUUUUUUCUUUUGUUUCUUUUUCUUUAUCCUAUGUAACUUCAUCAGGCCCUUCCUUUUUCCUUUGCCUCUUGAGAGCGUUCAUCAGUGAUGUGUAUCAAUCAGAUUGCAAGCCCCUUGAGAGCAAGAACCAGGCAGGAAUUUUCAUUAUUUAAAGCCUGCGUGGCCAUGGACGUGUAGGUGCUUGAUAACCCUAGACACACUUCGAACAGAGAUGUCCCAGGAAGACAAGUGCCAUGUCUCUGAGCAGCGCCUUUCAGGCUGUGGGCAACGACCCUGGGAUCAUCACCUGGAGAAUAGAGAAAAUGGAGCUGGCGCUGGUGCCCCUGAAUGCCCACGGCACCUUCUAUGAGGGGGACUGCUACCUCAUCCUCUCGACCCGGAGAGUGGGCAGCAUCCUCUCCCAGGACAUCCACUUCUGGAUUGGGAAGGACUCCUCGCAGGAUGAGAAGAGCUGCGCAGCCAUCUACACUACGCAGCUGGACGACUACCUGGGGGGCAGCCCCGUGCAGCACCGGGAGGUCCAGUGCCACGAGUCCGACACCUUCCGCGGCUACUUCAAGCAGGGCAUCAUCUACAAGAAGGGGGGUGUGGCCUCUGGGAUGAAGCACGUGGAGACCAAUACCUACGACGUGAAGCGGCUGCUGCACGUGAAGGGGAAGAGAAACAUCAGGGCCACCGAGGUGGAAAUGAGCUGGGACAGUUUUAACCGAGGUGAUGUCUUCCUGCUGGACCUUGGGAAGGUCAUCAUCCAGUGGAAUGGCCCAGAGAGCAGCAGCAGGGAGCGUCUGAAGGCUAUGCUUCUGGCAAAGGAUAUUCGGGACAGGGAGCGAGGGGGCCGUGCUGAAAUAGGAGUAAUAGAGGGAGACAAGGAGGCGGCCAGUCCAGAGCUGAUGAAGGUCCUUCAGGACACCCUCGGCCGGCACUCCAUUAUCAAGCCUGCGGUCCCCGAUGAGAUCAUAGAUCAGCAGCAGAAAGCAAAUAUCACGCUGUAUCAUGUCUCAGACUCAGCUGGGCAGCUGGCGGUCACAGAGGUAGCAACGAGGCCUCUGGUCCAGGGCUUACUGAACCAUGAUGACUGCUACAUCCUGGACCAAAGUGGAACCAAGAUCUAUGUGUGGAAAGGAAGAGGAGCCACAAAGGUUGAGAAACAGAUGGCCAUGUCUAAAGCUCUGAACUUCAUCAAGAUGAAGGGCUACCCCAGCAGUACCAACGUGGAGACCGUCAGUGAUGGUACCGAGUCAGCCAUGUUCAAGCAGCUGUUCCAGAAGUGGUCAGUGAAGGAACAGACCGUGGGUCUGGGGAAAACGUUCAGCAUUGGUAAAAUCGGUAAGAUUGCCCCCAGAUCGUGUUCUCACUGCCGGGACUCUUUAGAAAGGCAGGCACAGGUGCUUUUUGCUCACUUGGCUUCUCCCAACCCCUUCCGUGCAGCUAACGUUUUCCAGGAUAAAUUUGAUGUGACUCUGCUGCACACCAAACCAGAGGUGGCAGCCCAGGAAAGAAUGGUCGACGACGGCAACGGCAACGUUGAGGUCUGGAGAAUUGAAAACCUGGAGCUGGUCCCCGUGGAGCAUCAGUGGUAUGGCUUCUUUUAUGGGGGAGACUGCUAUCUGGUUCUCUAUACGUACGAGAUGCACGGGAAGCCGCACUACAUCUUGUACAUCUGGCAGGGCCGCCACGCCUCACAGGAUGAGCUGGCAGCCUCGGCAUACCAGGCGGUGGAGGUGGACCGGCAGUUUGAUGGGGCCCCUGUGCAGGUUCGGGUUACCAUGGGGAAGGAGCCACGCCACUUCAUGGCCAUCUUCAAAGGAAAGCUGGUUAUCUUCGAGGGUGGGACUUCCAGGAAGGGAAAUGCCGAGCCCGAUCCUCCGGUAAGGCUCUUCCAGAUUCAAGGAAACGACAAAUCUAACACCAAAGCGGUGGAGGUUCCAGCCUUCACCUCCUCCCUAAACUCCAAUGAUGUCUUUCUGCUGCGGACCCAGACAGAGCACUACCUGUGGUAUGGCAAGGGGUCUAGUGGGGAUGAGCGGGCAAUGGCUAAGGAGCUGGCCGGACUUCUCUGUGAUGGCACCGAGAACACAGUGGCUGAGGGCCAGGAGCCAGCUGAGUUCUGGGACCUGCUGGGAGGAAAAACUCCCUAUGCCAAUGACAAAAGACUACAGCAGGAAAUCCUAGAUGCCCAGUCCCGUCUCUUUGAAUGUUCCAAUAAGACUGGCCGGUUCAUUGUCACUGAGAUCACAGACUUCACCCAGGAUGACCUGAACCCAGAUGAUGUGAUGCUCCUGGAUACCUGGGACCAGUCUCUACCACAACAGGUGUUCUUGUGGAUUGGGGCUGAGGCCAACGCCACAGAGAAGGAGAGCGCUCUUGCUACCGCCCAGGAGUACCUGCGCACUCACCCCAGUGGCCGAGACACCGGCACACCAAUCCUGAUCAUUAAACAGGGGUUCGAGCCUCCCAUAUUCACAGGCUGGUUCUUGGCCUGGGACCCUCACAUUUGGAGCGCAGGGAAAUCAUAUGAACAGUUAAAAGAAGAGCUGGGAGACGCUGCUGCUAUCACGAGAAUCACUGCUGAUAUGAGGGACACAACCCUCUCCCUGAAUUCGGAGCCAAAAUAUUACCCUGUAGAAGUUCUGUUGAAAAAUCAGAGUCAGGAGUUGCCUGAGGAUGUGAACCCUGCCAAAAAGGAGAAUUACCUCUCUGAACAGGACUUUGUUUCUGUGUUUGGCAUCACAAGAGGGCAAUUUGCUGCUCUGCCUGGCUGGAAACAGCUCCAGAUGAAGAAAGAAAAGGGGCUUUUCUGAGGCAAGGCAUCUGCCUACUGCAAGACCCCAGAAGAAAGCAGAUAGUGCCAGUACCAGGAAGGAAUUUCUCUACUAAUUUCUGUCUAACAUCCAGCUACUUAAUGUUGAUACAGUAGGCUCUGCAAAUCACAGCAUGUUCUCCAUUUUUCUCAUCCCUGCGUUCCUUAGUUGUUAUAUACCUAAAAUGUUAGCUGCCCACUUUUUAAUUUUUGUGGCCUCAGCAGAAAGCACUAAAACUGCAGGAAUCUGGAGAAGUCAAAAGUAAGAGAACAAAAAAACUAAGUUUAGAGUGGUUAAUAUUGGGGCAAGGGCCUAAGUUUGUUUUAAAUCUUAAGAUCGGUAUUUCCUAUUUAACCCACAAAACAUUGAAGUUAUUCACAUAUACACCCUGAAGUCAAAAUCUAAAUGCUCAGAACUGUAUGUGCCAGAGAUUUUUAAAUUUUCAAAUAAAGA